UCCGGUAAGAAGCUAUUUCCGCUUGCGCAGGCGAACCUCCGCGGCUCUUUUAAUUUGGAUACCAGGCGUUCCUCUGCGAACGACGGACCCCAGACAGGAAGAGAAUGGCGGCGGCUGCUCUAAGGAGGUUCUGGUCUAGCGGCCAUGGGGAACCCGGUGGGGAGGCGAGUGGCGCUCCCAAGCUGGCGAGGCCAGGCGUGUGGACCCGGCUGGGCACCUGGGCGCGCUCGCUGCUCACGGACUACGCCGAGGCCUGCAGGGACGCGGCCGCUGCGGCGCGAGCACGGCCCACACGCGCGGCCGCGUACGUGGGGCUGUUGGGCGGCGCGGCGGUCUGCUGCGCGUGGGCGCCGAGCGAGGCGGCCUUUGAGGAGGCCCUGCUGGACGCCUCGGGGUCCCUCUUGUUGCUAGCACCCGCCACGCGCAACCGCGACUCGGAAGCCUUCGUGCAGCGGCUGAUGUGGCUGCGGGGGCGCGGUCGGCUGCGCCACGUGAACCUGGGGCUCUGCUCGCUGGUAUAUGACGCACCCUUCGACUCCCAGACCAGCCUCUAUCAGGCCCGCUGCCGCUACCUGCAACCCCGCUGGGUCGAUUUCCCGGGCCGAAUCCUGGAUGUGGGUUUCGUGGGUCGCUGGUGGAGACUAACGACCCUCAUGCGCGACUGCGACAUCAACGACGACGAGUUUCUCCACCUGCCGCCUCAUUUGCGCGUCAUUGGGUCCCACCAUCUGCAUUCUGAGGUCAACGAGCGGCUCUUCGAUGAGAAGUACAAGCCUGCCGUGCUCACCGACGAUCAGGUGGAUCAGGCUCUGUGGGAGGAGCAGGUGCUGCAAAAAGAGAAAAAGGACAGGCUCGCCCUGAGUGAGGCCGACUCGCUGAUGCGGUCGGAAGUGGCCAGAUGAAACCGAGAACCCUGGGGACUGCCUGGGCUCCAAGCUUUGCUGGACCCUUUGCCCGGGAUGGUGAAAUUGGUGAUACUGAGAUAGUUUCAUGCAGCGUGGAAGCCGCUCUGACGUUAACUGAAGUUAACAGUAGAGCCUCGGUGACCUUAAACAUGGAGAGAGCAGAGCAGCGACUUGACUUGUUGAUCACCACCAGCGUUAGUAGUGAGCUUUGUCUUUAGUCUGGGGAUGUAACUCGGUAGUGAGUGAUACUCUAGCAUGCCUGGGUCCCUGGCUCCCAUUCCUAGCUCUACAAAAAAAAAAAAAAAAAGGUUCUCUUUCCAGGCUGGAGAGAUG